GACCCUGGGUAUCCUUAUAGGUACACUCUUCAGUAGUGUUGAUUUAAGGCGUGCACUUUCUGGAAUACUGAAAUCUUGGAUUACCUCUCAGAAAUGAAUCUCACUGCUACCAGUCACCGCAUACCUUUAAAUGAUGGAAACAGUAUUCCUAUCAUUGGGCUAGGUACCUACUCUGAUCCUCACACGAGAUCUCCAGAGACGUGUUUGGCAUCAGUGAAAAUGGCCAUUGAUGUGGGAUAUAGACAUUUUGAUGGGGCCUACCUCUAUCAUAAUGAGCAUGAAGUAGGGCAGGCCAUCAGAGACAAGAUAACAGAAGGAAAGGUGAAGAGGGAAGAUAUUUUCUACUGUGGAAAGCUGUGGGCUACGUGCUUAUCCCCAGAGUUGGUCCGUCCCACCCUGGAGAGGACACUCCAAGGGCUCAAGCUGGAUUACGUGGAUCUUUACAUCAUUGAACUCCCCAUGGGCCUCAAGCCAGGAAAACAAAACUACCCUAGAGAUAAGAAUGGGAAAUGGUUAUACCACAAAGUAGAUCUGCGUGCCACUUGGGAGGCCUUAGAAGCUUGCAAAGAUGCUGGCUUGGUGAAAUCUCUGGGAGUCUCUAAUUUUAACCGCAGACAGCUGGAGCUCAUCCUGAACAAACCAGGACUCAAAUACAAGCCAGUCUGCAACCAGGUUGAGUGCCAUCCAUAUUUUACCCAGCCCAAACUCUUGAAAUUUUGCCAACAACAUGACAUGGUCAUUGUUGCAUUCAGCCCUUUGGGGACUUCUAGGAAUCCCACUUGGGUGAAUGUAUCUUCUCCACCUUUGCUAGAUGACACAUUUUUAAACUUAGUAGCAAAAAAGUACAAUAAGACAGCAGCUCAGGUGGCUCUACGUUUCAAUAUUCAACGAGGGGUGAUCGUAAUUCCUAAAAGCUUUAAUCCUCAAAGAAUCACAGAAAACUUUCAGAUCUUUGACUUUUCGCUUACUGAAGAAGAAAUGACCAACAUUGAAGCCUUGAAUAAAAAUACUCGCUUUGUGGAACUGCUUAUGUGGAGUGACCAUCCUGAUUAUCCAUUUUUUGAUGAAUACUGACUUUAGAGAAUUCAACUGAUUUUUUUUCUCUACAUCAAGAACCCUGUAGUGAGUAGUUCCACAGAAAAGGAAACAAAAGAGUUUUACUAUCUUUAGAGGAAUUUGUGAUGAAAUUAUGUCACAUUUAACUUCUGUGUAGUGUAAGUGCCCUCCACUUAGCUACUUUAAAGAAUGAAAUAUUUUAAUAUAUUGAUAUAACUCCUCAGAAAUUAUCUGUUAAUUUUGUUAUAUCUAUACUUUUGGGUAUAGACAUAAACACAGUAAGGUUUACAAAAUACUUCAAAAACAGUGUGUAAAGACAAUUAACUCAUAAAUAUAGAUACUGUCAUUGAGGUUCUGUGUUGUUCAGCACUUGAAAAGACAACAAAAGGCAUAGAGAGUUGGCAUGCAUGAAGGUACAGGUAGAGAUCUAAAUGGUUUAUAUCAAUGGAUGUAAUCCUGGCAUAGGUAAAAUGAGAUUUGCUAAACCAUAAGUAGUGAAAAAGGGCAAAGUGUAGAAAGGUCUCAUAAGGGAGCUAAUUAAACACACAAUGAUAAAAAAUUUAAUGAAUAUCAUUCCUGAGAACACUAUUGUUUAGCUGAGGCUUUGGGCCAUGUUAAGUAAUUAUGCUAAGGAUGUCAUUUAUAGUUAGGGAAACUUCGACUACAUGGUGAUAGUCUAACCAUUAUGGUGCCAAAAACUGACUCACUAAAGUCAGCCUUACACGUAUUCUAUGCCUCCGUAACAACGCUCAUAAAAACCUGGACCUCAGUCAUUAUAGGGAUAAUUAAACACUGCGUAUAUAAAACUUUUUUGGAAGAAAAUAACCACACAUUUGUACCUGGUCUUCUCCUUGAUUCUACCUUAUGCUCCUUCUAGUGUGGCUAAUUUUAAUCUAUUUCCUUUUACUGUCAUAAAUAAUUAUGAAUAUAACAGUGUUCUUAAUUUUGUCAGUCCUUUUAAUAAAUCAUUGAACUGCAA